GGAGGCUGGAUCUUGCUAAUUGUGAGUCCAACAGGACCCGAGCACCAAAAGUCAGUGAAAGGCUGCUAGGCUGUGCGCCACGGCUCCUCUUUCGGUCUUCGUGCGCUUUAGCGAGGAUUAGAUUCAGCUAGAUCCCGGGCAGGACGGAUGUCCCGACGACCGCCUGCACUGAACUCGGAUCCUGAAAACUGAGGAGAAGAUUUGAGUGUUUUCCCCGUCUUUUUCUGGAGACGAAGCGGGGCGAGCGGGUGAUCCGGUGAUCCGUGUUGCUGCUGCUGCUGCCAUGAAGCUGCCGGGCUGGAUGGCUGUGGCGCUGCUGCUCGCGCACUCUGUGUCGACACAGCGUCGCUCAUCACAGCUAGAGGAUCUGGAGAGCUCUGGAAAUGACCUGUAUGAUGAUGAAGACUAUUUCUCUGGUUCAGGCUCAGGUGACUCAGUGAUGGAGACAGGCUCCAUGUCUUUCACCACAACAGAGCCCCUCCCACUUUCAACCACACAGGCCACUGGACCCGCCCCUUCUGCCUCACCCGCUGCAGAGCCCAGCAACCCCCUGGUGAUAGAAACAGAGAGGGAGAGUGGUAUGGAUAUUGAGAGGGAACUGGAGCCAGAGAUUGAGAAAAAGAGAGCGCAGCAGAAUGAGCACGAGCAGGAAAUGGAGAGAGUGCGGGAAAGAGAGAGAGAGCGAGAGAAGGAGAGAGAGCGAGAGAGGGAGAUAGAGCGAGAGAGGGAGAGAGAGAGGGAGAGAGAGAGAGAGAGGGAGAGAGAACGUGAACGCGAAAGAGAACGUGAACGUGAAAAAGAGAGAGAGAGGGCAAGAAGUACAAUUGCACCCAGAGUCCCCUUUGUUCCAAUGAAAACCACAGACUGUGUUAGGAUUGUGAACGAGACCUUCAUUCCCAGUGAGGAUAUGUAUGUCCUUGGCACUGCAGAAGAAGAAGAAGAUGGUAUGUUCAGUACCACGGAAACCUACCCCUUCGAAUCACUCACGGAGGACCCUGUCACAGAUGACAUCACAACCACUGAAGCGGCUCCCACCACUAUUGCUUCCACUACAGCUAUAUCAAUCACGACUCCUGCCACACCAAGCACUGCCCCUCCACGAUCACGAAAACCUCAACUGAUGCCCAGUAUUACUCCUCCACGAUCACGGAAACCCCAAGCCACUCCCAGCCGAGCCACACCCACUGAAAGUACACGUCCAGUGCCAGCCUCUACAGUGCAGGUAAAAACUCCAGACGCAGAAAUAAAUAAUGAAGUUGCAGUUGUUGGUCCCAGUGGGGACUCUGGGAUCCGAGAGGAGGAAGUGCAACAAGGAAAUGAAGUGGGACGUGGCAAAGGUGCAUCAGAUGUUGGGGCGGAGCCUGAUUUGACUGGAAACACAAUAGAUACAGGAAGUUCAGCUGCUCAGCUUCCUCAGAAAAACAUCUUGGAAAGGAAAGAAGUUUUGAUAGCGGUGAUUGUUGGAGGUGUAGUUGGUGCACUCUUUGCUGCAUUCCUGGUCAUGUUACUUGUAUAUCGGAUGAAAAAGAAGGAUGAAGGCAGCUACACUCUGGAAGAACCCAAACAAGCCACAGUCACUUAUCAGAAACCAGACAAGCAGGAGGAAUUCUAUGCCUAAAAUCCACACACUCUUCUUUUUUUUUUGCAUCCCUCCAUCCUUCUAGUCUCUUCUCCCUCUGACCCUCCUUUCUUCCUGUCAUUUCUAUCUCUGUUUUUUCCUGACUCCCUCCUUUCUCCAUGAGAGUGCCUGCCACUCUGCGGACUUGGGACUUUCUUUUGAGUGGGGAAAAAAAGAUCAUAAAAAAAUAAAAAAGAGAAAAAAAAAGGCUUUGGACAGAAUUUUGCAGAUCUGCUAGGGAGGGAUAGGGACGCCAUACAUACAAAAAAAGAAAAAAAAACUUUUUUUUAAGUACAUGUUGCUAUUGAUAUGUUUAAGAUUGUUGUUCUAUAAAAUUAUGACAUAAAACCUUUUGUAAAGACACAUGUUCUAUAAAUGCACAAUAUUCCUCUCCAGCUGAGCAUGGAAGUCAGGAAGCAUGACCGAGGGAGUGAGGAAGGAAAAAAAGACAGAGAAGGUCAUGGUGGGACAGAGAGGGUCAAGGGAAAGGAAUCAGAAAGAUAAGACAGAAAGACAGAGACGUGGAGAAGGAAUUUUGAGGCCGUGCUAUUCUGAAAAGGUCGUGCUUCUGUCACAAGGGUCGCGUUGUGCCUUCCAUUCCCCUGGUGCUAGAAGCUGAGCAUGACCACAGAAUGGUGUGUGUGUGCAUGUGUGCUUGAGUGUGUGUGUGUGUGUGUGUGUGUGUGUGAGAGAGAGAGAGAGAGAGAGGCUGAGGUGUCAUGAAGUUGCUGCCAUCUCUGAACUUAGUAAGGCCAGUCACACACGCGCACACACACACACACUAACACAUGGUGUAACUCCCUCUGCUGGUGAGAGUGUAUGUCAGCAAGGCUGGCCUCAAUGACUGUAGAACUAUAUCUUUCGAGCAGGAGGCUGAAAAAUACUAUGAUUAACACAGCACAUAAACAUUAAGGAAACAUUUACUGUUUGCUGUGAUGGUGCGCAUGCAAAGAAACAGGAUUAGCUAUUUCUCUGUUCUGUACAAAGACAAUUAGUUAUCAAUAGUAAAAAAUAAUCAGUAAUAUAUCAGCAGUUCUGAAUGGAUGGUAAGAGAUGAUAAUAUUAGUAGUGAAGGAUAUCUAUUUAGCUGUGCAGUAAAAGUUUUACUGGUGUAAAUAUCAACUCUUUUUUUUCGAUUUCAGUUUAUCAUGUUUUUAAUUAUGGCUUUUACAUAAUAAAUAUCUGUGUGCGCACAUACACACAUACAUAUAUCACUUUGGAAAUAUCAGUCCCAGUGUGUCAGCAAACUAAAUAGGGGUUUUAUUGAACAUAACAGACCCUUUCUUCAUUCAGAUCCAUUACUUCAGUCAAAAAAAGAAACAUUCCUCAUGUUUUCAGUAUUUUAAUGAUGUUUUAUCAGGUAAAAAGCACAAGCUCACAAGAAUGUGUCUCACUUUCUCAUUGAAACUCACACACCACCAUAUUCACACACAAUACUACACUUUUAGAUGUCCAGUGGUCCUGUCCUUCUUAAUGAUAUAAGAGUUAGAAGGCGUGUAGUGUGUCAUUGGGACAGGGAUGUCCACAAAUCAGGAUGUGUUUUGGUCAUAUUUAAAGUCAAGAAGUACAGAGAAAAUUCAGUUUAAGGUAUUAUGUUGAAAAAAAACAAAAACCCCAGGACCUAUUUUGAGAUUCCAGAGAAGGUCAGAGUUUGUCAGGUUGUUUUUGAUUAUGUUGCAACAUUGUGUCCAAGUGCUGUACAUCGAGGUCAAUAAAAACGAAAUGGCUACGCAGUUAGAGUUAGGUAAAAGUGCAUGAUGUAGCAAUAAUGCAGCUAUUAACAUCGACACACCCAUAAUGCUGUCACCCUCCAGUGCUGCUGAGGGAGAAUGUACACACGCUCUCAUGCAGCUUUCCACUGCCUGGCCUUAUUGUAACCUUAACAAACGCUGUAGUCACCUGUAUGUGGCGUUACAUUUUUGUCACAUAUCAUUCCAUGUGUUACAGCUGUGGGUGCCAUGAGCGAGACCAUAGCACAACAUAAGCGUACCGAGUGGCAUUUAAGAUGUCCCUCACUGCCCACUGUAGCAAAUCACUGAUAGGUAAACUAACUAAUUCAUAACAUAUCACUAUGAGGGGAUAU